GCCAAGUUUUGCGCCCUUUUCCAUGCUACAGGGCCGCGGGGGGGCCCGGGGGGGUGGUGUCCGCCGGUGUGGUGUUGCCACCGGGGAAGGGUGCCGCCUCCCCCUUUGUUUGAUCGGGCGCCGCCUUGUGUCUGUGUUGCCUUAUGUCCGGCAAAUUAGAAAAAUUUAA